AUGCUCUCAAACAAGGCUUCAAGCCUUUUUUCUUCUCCUGAACAACUGUUGGGCUCCGAUGUAUCUUCUCCUCACAUCACCGAGAAAACUCUUGAAAAAUCAAUUCGAACAUCUAAAAAUCAUCAUGUUACUGGCAACUCUUCCGAAAGCCCAUUUUACUCAAAAAUUACAUCUCAUAAGUAUUUUACGAUUGCCCAAACAUCGAUGGAAUUAUUUUCUGAUCAUCCGAGUGGAAAAUUAGGAAUUCCUGUACUGAGCACAGCACAACAAACUUUAAAAAGUGCGUUCAGUACUUCGUGUAGGCAAAUUCACACUCUCGGAAAUGAUAAAGUGUUAUUGACACAUCAAUGUGGAGAGUUACACUACUGUAUUAUUUACAUACGAGAAGUUGAACGAAAGAAAAGGGUAAUCGGUAUUGAGAUGGAGAGUGAUGAAUAUGAGGAUGAGCCGAAAGAAACGACAGCAGCAUUAUUUCGACAAAUUAAUCUUUUGCACGAUUUGACAAAUUUCUGUAUUGUUGUUAAUCCAUUUAAUCAACAUGGUUUUAACAAUAGAACAUUGAACCAGGCUGCUAUUCACAGCAUUCUAAAACCUGUUGUAGAAACAAUGAAACGUCUUUACAAAACACAACAAAGUGUGCUCGUCCAAGGAAUUGAAUAUGUGGAUUUGAAUCACAUAAACAGAGCCUCCAUCAUAGACGCUCUAAAGAAAGGAAUUCAACAAUAUUCAUUUAUACUCCAUGCAGUGCUCUUGGUUGGUACAAAAUUAGCUGCUAUUUAUUCUCGUGACAAAACAUGGAUCCUCCUUCCUCGUGAUUUACUUUGUCUAAUAAUUUAUACUCAGAGUACUUUUUACAAUGAAAAGCCAAAGCCUAAAACUCCAACCACUCCCAAAACUCUUUCUGUACCACCUUCAAAUCAGUCAGUCUCAUCCGAAAAUAGCGAUCAGUUUAUUGAUCAAAGAAUGAUGGGUAGAAACAGCUCAGUUUCAUCAGAUGAUGAAGAUGACAACAAAAAAGAUAUACCAACCAUAGACUCUAGAUUUGAGUAUUUAAAUUUUCAUGUUACAGAAAAUCAGGGAGACUACGAACAAAAAUUGUGUAGAUUUGGGGUAUAUUUUGAAUUCGAUAAGGAACAAGAAAUGAAUCUUAUGCUCAUUUGUGAGUCAAACAUUAAGGACAUACAAUCCAAGGUCAUUACUGGAUCAAUCGAAGCCAAAAGUUAUCAGUCCAAUGCCUCAGUUUCUGCCUCUCUCUCUAAUUCUUAUAUUGAGGAUCAAUCUGUAGAAGAAAAAGACAAAGAAACUAUUCACGAUCAGUUAAAGGAGGCAGCAAUUAGAGUGAAUGAGGAAAUUUCCAAUUUUAAGCGAUUUUCUUUUUUGAAAAUUAAGGCCGAAUCACAUGUCACAAUGCUUAAUUACUUACACUAUUGUCCAGGGUUGGCCCAUUUCAUUUUUGUUGACCGUGUAUAUAACAGAGUAUUUGCACCAAGAAUUGUGCCUCUCAACACUACGAGCUCUAAUCCGAAGAGUGACGAAGAACAAGUAGCCUUUUUAAAGAAAAAAGUAUGGGAAAUGUGUUACACUCUUCAACAAUACAGAGAUGAAGGUUACACUGAAAUUGGAGUUUGUGGAGACGGAGUCCAGUAUUGGUUUAAAGAGUGGCUUGAAGAUGAAAAAUUUCUGGAACUCAAAAUGACACGAAACAACUUGAAACAUGCCAAAUCUCAUUUUGAACUCUACACCAUGUACCUUCCUUUCGUUUCUGUUCAAGCAAUUUCGCACCACAACAAGUUGCUUGUUCAACUUUUGCUAGAUAGACGAGAUUUGUCAUAA